AUGUAUGACUGGGAGGCUGUCAUCGAUGGCACCCUAAGGUCGGACCUCGAAUAUGUUCCUCUCCUACACAGCAACCAGCAAUGGUGCACCGAGGGCUGGGAACAGAACGUUGCCAACGCCCGCGCAAAGUACAACGUCCAAAAUAUCCUCAGCUUCAACGAGCCAGACCAGGUUGGUGGUGGUGGCUCCGGCAUGCCUGUCGACCAAGCAAUUGCCGCACACAAGAAGUUCAUUGACCAGCCUCUCCGGGGCAAAGGCCUGAAGAUCGGUUCGCCCUCCGUCACCAACGCCGACGAGCCCAACACAGGGCAUCAACUACCUCAAGCAAUUUAUGGCAGGCUGCAGCGACUGCCAGAUCGACUUCGUCGUCGCCCACUACUAUGCCUGGGACAAGGUCGAUGACUUCAAGAACUACCUCACCAAGUUCCACAAGACCUUCAACAAGCCUGUCUGGGUAACUGAAUUUGGUAUUAACCCUGGUCAGGGUGAUGUCAAUGCGUUCCUGAAGGAGGUACUACCCUGGGAUGGACCAGACUGAGUGGAUCCACCGCUACGCAUACCACAUGGCUGCGCCGGAUGUUGAGGGAAAGAGCUACCUUGUCAACGCUGCUGGCAACGCACUUACUUCUGCUGGUGUCACUUAUGCCAACGCAUAGGCACUGUCGUGUUUUCUAAACUCAUUUCGUGUAUAUAUUUCACUUGACUCGUGUAUAAAUCUAACACGAAUAUCUCUC